UGCACGCAGUCGCGUCCCGGACUCGUUGACACAACGAGUGGAGAGAGCAAGCAGACGGUUUGUGUCCUCGGAGGAGAAGCAGACAGAAAGAAAGAAAGAAAAGAGAAGAGAGGAAAAGAGAAGACGCAUCGCGAGUGGGCGCGCAGCGAAAGCUCGGAGGAUCCGAGCGUCAUGGACGCGCUGUAAAGGUCGCUCCGCUCCGCUUUGCCGCCAAGUUCGAGUCCUCAAGUGCUCCCGGUCCCCCCGACGUCCCCCCGGCGGGCAGGCAGGCAGGCAGGCAGGCAGGCAGACAUGGACGGCUGCAGGCUGCAGGUCGCGCUGCACAUCUUCUUGACGCUCCAACAAGUGGGAGCCUACACGUACAGGAACCAGCGCAAGUUCACCGAGGACAUGGACUGGUCGUACGCUGGAACGCUGAACCAGAACAACUGGGCCAAGAAGUUUCCGUCGUGCAGCAACGCCAAGCAGUCGCCCAUCGACGUGGAGGAGAACCUGGCCCGGGUGGAGCUGCGGUACCAGCACCUGCGCUUGGACGGCUGGGAGAACUUGACGGGCCGGCGCACCACCAUCAAGAACGACGGCAAGACCGUGGUGCUGGACGUGGACGGCGACUUCCACGUCAGCGGCGGCGGCCUGGCUUCAAAGUUCAAGGCGGGGCGCAUCACCUUCCACUGGGGGCGCUGCAACGCCUCCUCGGAGGGCUCCGAGCACAGCCUGGACGGCGUCAAGUUCCCCCUGGAGAUGCAGAUUUACUGUUUUGAGCCGCAGCGCUUUGACUCGUUCCAGCAAAGCGUCAAGUCUGGAGGACGCCUCACAGCUCUGGCGGUGCUCUUUGAGGCCAUCUCAGAGGAGGACAACGCCAACUUUGCCCCCGUCAUCGACGCCGUCGACAGCGUCAGCAGAUACGGUAAAAGCGCCCAGGUGGCGCCCUUCGCGCCGCGGGCGCUCCUGCCCGACUCCACGGACAAGUACUUCAUCUACAACGGCUCGCUGACCACGCCGCCUUGCAGCGAAACGGUGGAGUGGAUCGUCUUCAAGAACACCGUCCCCAUCUCGGCCCGGCAGCUGGAGACCUUCUGUGAGGUGAUGACCAUGCAGCAGGCGGGUUACGUGAUGCUGAUGGACUACCUGCAGAACAACUUCCGGGACCAGCAGCGCAAUUUCAUGGGUCAGGUCUUCUCCUCCUACACCGGCACCGAGGAGCUCCUCACACCAGUGUGCAGCUCGGAGCCGGAGAACGUUGAGGUGGCCGCCUACAACUUGAGCAGUCUGCUGGUGACGUGGGAGCGGCCGCGGGCCGUCUACGACUCCGCCAUCGAGAGGUACUCGGUCAGCUACAAGAUGGCCGAGGACGGCGAGGACGCCGCGCCCUCGGAGUAUCUGACCGACGGAGACCAGGAUGUGGGGGCCAUCCUGGACGAGCUGCUGGCCAAUCGCAGCUACGAGCUCCAGGUGGUGGCGCUGUGCGCCAACGGCCUUUACGGACGCCUCAGCGACCCGCUGACCUUCACCCUGCCCGCCGACGGCCCGGGUGAUGCUCUGAUCGCAGAUUCAAACCAAUUUGAUGAUGAGGGGGAGAACGAGCCACCGGAUCCAUGGUUAAAUGGACCUGCGCAAACGGAAGAUUACAAUCGGUUUUGGAUUACCACCAAAGCGCCUGCGAGCCCGACUUUGGGAGAACCCGGCCAACAUGCCGUGGCGGCCAGCAAGACAGACUCAACCUCCAGUCAGCCACCGGAAGGCUCCGCCGGGUCCUCGUUUACGACUCCUCAGUAUGCAAACGCAAGAGACCAUCAGGGCGGGGUGAGGCCAAAGUUCUCUGAAAACAGCAAAGCGGGCCCAAAUUCGACAGCGCCGAAUGGGGGUGAAGGUGUUCCCUCAAAUGGGACCCCCGUGACUUCAAGCAAUCCAAUGAGCACCCCCGCAAAAACGACCUUUGACUGGAUGAACAGGACCGCAGUGGUGACUGCAACGGAGAAGACAACCACGGGCCAGCCAAUGAACAUGACCACGAUCAAGUCCACCGCCGUCAACACGACGAGCGGAAUGACUCCAUAUUCAAACGCAGACAAGACCGAUACAAACACGACCGAGACAAUGACGACAAAGACAAACGACACCGAGAGGCCAGCAACAAACGUGACCGUGACCGAGACUGCGAGCAUGAAUGCGACGACAGCAAUGUCUUCAAACAUGACCUGGCCACUGAAGAACACAGACGUGAACGAGACCACAAACACCACCCCGGUAACAAACCAAACCGUAACCAUGACCACCGGGCUGGCGACCAAGCCCACAAACAAGACCGCAAGCCUGAAUAUGACGACGGAAAUGUCUUCAAACCCGACUGAAAACAAGACCACAAACAUGAGCUGGCCACUGAACAAGACCGCAAGCGCGACCCCAGCAACAAACCAAACCAUGACCAGGCCAGCGACCAAGACCACAAACAAAACCGCAAGCAUGAAUACGACGACGGAAAUGUCUUCAGACCCGACUGAAAACAAGACCGCAAACAUGAGCUGGCCACUGAACAAGACCGCAAGCGCGACCCCAGCAACAAACCAAACCAUGACCAGGCCAGAGACCAAGACCGCAAGCAUGAAUAUGACGACGGAAAUGUCUUCAGACCCGACUGUCAACAAGACUACACACAUGACCUGGCCACUGAACAAAAGCACAAACACGACCCCAGCGACAAACCAAACCACAACCAAGACCGGGCAGGUGACAGAGACCACAAGCAUGAAUACCACGACUCCAAACAAACAGGCAAAGAACCAAACGGCGACCUUGAUUAAACCACUCAACAAGAAUACAAGCAUGACCAACACUAAGAGCAUGGCCACAAACCUGACCCGUCUUAGCGACCAAAUCAUCACAACGUCGUCCGUCCAAAUGGACCCACGCGAAGGGCAGACCACACCCAAAACAGUAAAUACCGGAAAUGGUGGUGGUGACGUGGUCCAGGGUGAGCCCCCAGGGGCAUCUCACCCGCGAGGGUCUACAACUCCCAGCAUGCCUCAGUUUUCAAGCACAAAGUCUUGGCGGAGCCACGUUCUUUUGCCGACCAUGCCUCCGCUGUCAAAGGGUGAGCGCCUCGCUGUCCUCCCCGCCUCUUGGUCCCCCUCUUCCCUUCUGUAUGCUGCCGCAGAGCCCCAAGCCAGCCCCUGGUCUGUCCCCUCCGCCCGCUUGCAUGAGCUCAGCCCUUGUUCCACACUGGUCCUGCCGCCUCACCAGAUCCCUGCUUCUCCCAACUCCCAACCUGCCCCCUUUUCCGCUGACGACUCGGCGUCUUUCUCUCGGGCCGACCGCACCGAGGCGCCGCAGUUCGGGACGGUCUCCCCGUCCGUCGGGCGGCGCGCCGGCACCGCCCCGCCGCCUCGCCGAGACCCCGUUUCUCGUCCCGUUCUCUCUUUUGCCGGUGACUUGGCGUCUUUCUCUUCGGGUGACUCCACCGAGGUGUCGGAAUCGGGAGCGUCCGAGGAAUCGCUGUCCCUCAGCCCCGCUUUGCAGCCGUCGGUUCUGUUCUCGAGCAAUCCUCCUCUUCCGGCUGCCACUCCGGGUCUGAUGCCGUCGUUUGUCGAAUUCUUGGGGUACGGAACAGAAGGCACGCCUGACUCCUUCCCGCCCGAAUCGGGCGAUGGCGGCUUCUCCGACACCAUAUGCGGUUGCUCCCUGGAGCCUUCGGUAUCCUGGCCCCACACCUCGCCGUUCGUCCCCCUCGGGACCUCAACUUUGGGUCUCGGUGCGGAUCUCCUCAUGAGUUCUUUGGGUGCCAGUUCUUUUUCUGGGGCGGCUUCUAGUGGCCCGGUGGUUCUGCUCUCGCCCUCCUCGCCGCCGCCCUCCUUCCUGCCGGCCACUCACAACGCCCCGCCCGUUUCCGUUGCAGCCCUCGCAACCGAGCCCGCGUCGUCGGCACGGCCGCCUUCCGUCCCCACGGCACCUGGUGUCUCAGAGCCCGAGGUAGAUCAGGAGCGGGACAGCAUCCCGCCGUCGGCCUCGGGUGAGAGCGCCCUUCCUCGUUCCACGGAUCCCGCCACUUUAGGAUCCGGACAGACGCACGGAGAUUUGGACGACGUCUCCUCGGCGUUCUUUUUUGACGGCGAGAGCGGGAGCGCCGCCGGGUCCGGGCGAGCGAGCGCCGCCUUGCCGAGCGUAAUCGCGGUCCCCGCGCCUAUCUUCCCCGAGGACAGCGGCUCGGGUCAGGCCGAGAACCCGCUCGACGGCGACGGCUCCUCGGACUUCAGCAUUCCUGAGCGAACCCAGAGCGAGUCGGAAAAAGAGGAGGAGCCAGUGGCAGACGUGAGCGACAGCAGCCACGAAUCCCGAGUGGGCUCCGUCAGAGAGGGCGAGAGGAAGGCGGUGGUCCCCCUGGCCGUCAUCUCCACGCUCACGGGCCUCGGGCUCCUGGUCCUGGUUGGCAUCCUGCUCUACUGGAGGUUGUGUUUCCAGACGGCGCAUUUCUACGUGGACGAAAGCGCCUGCCCGCGCCUUGCCGCCGACGCAACCGCGUUCACAUGGGGUAACCUCAGUGCCGAUGCAAAAAAAGAAGAAAAAGAUUUCGUUUCACUUGCACUUUGCCUUCCAGAUGAAAAAGCCGCACUUCCCGUCCAAGACUUUGUCCAACGUGUCUCCGAGCUUCACCGAACAAAGGGAUUUCAGCGCAAGUUUGAGCUGCUCAAAGAGAGUUACGAGGAGGUGCAGGCGUGCGCGGCGGACGUGGCCAUGACCUCGGAGACGUCCAGCCAUCCCGACAACAACGGCAAGAACCGAUACAGCAACAUCCUGGCCUUCGACCACAGUCGAGUGCGACUCACGGCGGCCGACAAUGGACGAGAUUACAUCAACGCUAACUUUGUGGACGGCUUCAAGAUGCGCCACGCCUACAUCGCAGCACAGGGGCCGCUCAAGUCCAGUACGGACGACUUCUGGCGCAUGAUCUGGGAACAGAAGGUCGGCGUCAUCGUGAUGAUCACCAACCUGCUGGAGAAGGGACGCAGGAAGUGCGAGCGGUACUGGCCCGUCGACGCGCCCGAGGACUACGGCGGCCUACUGGUGGCGCCCAAGAGCGUCCGAGAGCUGGCCCACUACACUCGGCGGACCUUCAGCGUCACCGAUGUGAAAAAGGCUUCCGGGAAGAGGCGGGACCGGGAACGAGCAGUCACGCAGUACCACUACACGCAGUGGCCCGACAUGGGCGUGCCCGAGCACGCCUCGCCACUCCUCAGCUUCAUCCGCCGCUCUUCUCGGGCCAGGACGGCAAACAUGGGCCCGGUGGUGGUGCACUGCAGCGCCGGCGUGGGCCGCACGGGCACCUACGUGGUGUUGGACAGCAUGCUGAGGCAGAUGAGGCACGAGGACGCCGUGGAUGUGGACGGGUUCCUCCGACACAUCCGCACGCAGAGGAACUACCUGGUCCAGACGCAGGAGCAGUACGUGUUCAUCCACGACGCCUUGGUGGAGGCCAUUUUGUGCGGCGACACGGAGCUGGCGGCCUCGGACCUUCACGCCUACGUGGGGCGGCUGCUGACGCCGCUGCGUGAUGGCGGCACGCCGCUGGAGCAGCAGCUGGAGCUGCUGAACGCCCAAGCGGCAAACGCCCAAGCGGCAAACGACGACGCGACCGCUCUUCACGACGACAACCGGCAAAAGAACCGAAGCGGCUCGCUGCUACCGGCGGAGAGGUCGCGAGUGCGUUUGUCGCCGUGCGCCGGCGACACGUCCGAUUACAUCAACGCGGCCUACGUGACGGGCUACAGUAGGAGCAAGGAGUUCAUCAUUACCCAGAAUCCUUUGCCAAGCACCCUCAAGGACUUCUGGAGGAUGAUUUGGGAGCACGACGUGCGGGUCAUCGUGUCGCUGCCGGGACCCGAGCGCGCUCAGGGUGAAGAGGAGGAGGAGGAGCAGCCGUGCGUGUUCUGGCCCGGCAAAGGGGAGCCGCUCCGCUGCCGGAACUUGACCGUCACUCAAACGUGCGAGAAGGUCGUGUGCCUGGCCAACGAGGACGCGCUGCUCGUUCAGCACGUGGCCGUGGGGGCCGCGCAGGACGACUUUGUGGUGGAGGUGCGCCUGUACCGCGCCCCCCGCUGGCCCCACCCGGACCGCGCCAUCAGCGACACCUUUCUGCUGCUACGGCUGCUGCUGGAGGAGACACCCACCGAGGGAGGGGCCGUCGUGCUCCUUGACCGCGCGGGCGGAGUCACCGCCGGGACUUUCUGCGCGCUCUUGUCUCUAAUGGGCCAGCUCCGUGACGGACGGCGCGUCGACGUCUUCGGAGCGGCCAGGAUGAUCAACCUCGCCAGGCCCGGCACCUUCUGCAAGCGCGAGCACUUGGAAUUCCUGUAUGAGGCCUUGCUGAGCGUGCUGGACGAGCCCCAAGAAGAACGUCAACAAGAUCAAGACCAAGACCAAGACGAAGUCAACGAGGCCCACCGAGGCCGAGAAGAGCGCCGGCUAUGGAAGAGCGGCGGCGGCGCCGCACGUCAGGAGCGCAACGGCGCCGUCGCGCCAGCAGGGGGCGAAAGCGCCACGCCAGACAGCCUCGACUCUCUCGUGUGAUCAGAAAUAGUGAGCGAGUUCACCUCUGCCUUUCUGCUGGCCAAGAGAACUUUUGACGUCGAUGUGGUCUCUUUCUGUAACGUGCCUUUUUUUUUUAAACUCUUUGCGACCAGACGAAGUAACACGUUGGCCUUUUUACAUAUUUAUUGGCAGCAACAAUGUAAAAAGCAACACGGCAGCAGUAGCAACUUUUUCUCCUCAUGUCAAACAUGUUCCACCCCAAAGGACCAAAUUGUAUUUAUGGCACAUUUUUAUAUUUAGUGCUUCCGUCCUACUCGUCUUCACUUGAGGUCAAACAAAUGCGCAAGAUUCUAACAAAUCUCUUUUCUAUUUGUUUGUAUCUGCUCUGCUGCUUUCGUUUGCCAUUAAUUAAACGAUCACAAAAAUCA